AUGCAGUUUAUGAACCAGGAAAUCAAAGAGGAUAAGAAAGUCUGCCAUAGCAUUCAUGAAAUGGUCUGGAAAAACGACGAACGGAUAAAAAGGAUUUGCGUUUUGCGGAACCUGGUAGGCGGGAGGGGUGUAACGGGGAAGAAAGUGGCUGCGGCGGCGUUCGGUGCGGUGGCGGGGCACGGCGUCGCGGUGGCGGCUGAGGGGGGCAGUGGCGGAGAGGGUUUAGGGUUAGUGAUAGAAGAAGGGGGGCUGCGGGUGGUUGGCGGAGAGGGGGGGCGCGGCUGGGUGGCCGGCAGUGGGGGGGCGGUGGCUGCGGUUGGCAGUGGUGGAGAGGGGGGAAGAGAGGAAGAAGGAAGAAGAGAGAAGGGGAGGGGGUGGUACGGCGGUGGCGUCUGGGCGGCGGCGGCGCCGGGGUGGUGGCGUGGCGGCUGGGGGAAGAAGAAGAGAGAAGGGGAAGAGGGUUAG